AUGGCUGUGUGGUCUAAGGUGGUAAUCUUGGACGCGGGAGUUAGCCUUGAAGUCACGGGUUCGAUUCCUGUGCCUGACUUUAGGGAUUUUUGCAGUCUGGUGUACACUUAUGAGAACCUCUGGUCCGUGGAAGGGAGUAGUGAGGCGAAACUGAUAGUGGUAUCAGUCUCUAUACAACCUGUACUCUCCCUCGCUGCGUCUUACAACCUCGAACCAGAAGAAGCCUUCCACAGAUUGUCAGAAUUAGGUUUUGUUACUGUUGUUGCAGAACUACAACAUGCGUCGUGCCAGAGGGCAUGUCACGAGCUCGAUUGGCCGAUGAUCUGUAGAGUGAAGAUAGUCCUGGAAAUGUCGACAGUGGUCUCCAGGGGGAGGACAGCAUGUCUCCAUAAUGCUACGGGGACAGACUGUGGCUUGGCGGGGACCGGUGGCGGAGCUUGCGUCCUGAGUGGGGCUUCUCGCAUCAAAGUCCUCACAGCAAAUGGGCUGCUUCCAGGACCUUCUUUACAGGUUUGUGAGAAGGACAUCCUAGUGGUGGACGUUGUAAACAGAGUGGCAGGCUCGGCAGUGACUGUACACUGGCGUGGUCAGACACAGAAGGAGACGCCGUACAUGGACGGGGCGGCGAUGGUAACACAGUGUCCUGUCAACAGUUUUACCACCUUCCAGUACAAAUUCAGGGCUGACAACCCGGGCACCCACCUCUGGCAGGUGCAAACAGGCAAUGAUGGGUUGGACGCCUUGUUUGGUGCCUUAAUCGUCCGUCAAUCAGCGAAACAGGAUCCACACCAUGAUCUUUACGACGAAGAUGAGCACUUUGUACUCAUCAGUGAGCUGCCAACAGCUGAUGUAAGCUUGGGAUCUGCAUCACUUCUCAUAAACGGAAAACCAUUCGGACAGGACUCACAAAAUGUGGUUUCCCACCUGAACGUGACAGCAAAUAGAAGACAUCGAUUGCGUAUUGCGUACGCAGUAGUAACAUCUCUCAGCUGUCCAAUAUCAGUGGCAGUAGAGAGUCACUCUCUUCUCAUCAUCGCUCUCGAUGGCCAUCCGAUACAGCCAGUAGCAGCUGAGUCCAUCCGACUUGCACCAGGGGAGAGAGUUGACGCUGUACUGACGGCUGAUCAGGAGGCAGGAGACUACCAACUGACUGCUCACACUGGAAUCAGUUGUACUGUGAGAGCCGACGCCUCCGCUCUACUCUCAUAUCAGUCCCAACAGCCUCUGUCUCCACUUCCGCUCACACACCAUCAGCCUCAUCAGGUCAAGGGUCUCAGCACAGUUGGGGACUUAGAGUGUGGUGGUGUUGGUAGCACUGCACUUGUCUGCCUGCCCAAGAUUCGGUCUCUCACCAAGCUUCCUCCGGAAUUAACGGCUGAUAGACUUGACUACACGCUUUAUCUACCAUUUGAUUUUGUCAAGCCAACACCUCGCUCUGCAUUUGACGAUCCAAUGGUAGUCCCUCGCUUCAACAACCUGACAUUCAUGUUCCCCUCAUCGCCCCUACUGAGUCAGCCAGACAACGUAGAACCCGAGAUGGUGUGCAGUGCAGAAUCACGUCUGGCACACUGCGACAACACACAGGUCUGCGAGUGUGUGCACGUCAUAAACAUCCCCCUACACACUCCCGUAGAGCUGGUGCUCAUCGACCAAGGGAGCGCUGGUGAGCACGUAUUCCACAUCCAUGGUUAUAGUGUUCACGUGGUGGGGACGGCAGCGAAGGGUGUAGGCCGCCGGAAUCUUGCAGAGAUCAGGCAGCUGGACCGCCAGGGCCAUUUGUUAUCUCGCAAUUUGCUUGACCCUGUGGUUAAGGAUACAGUGUCUGUGCCAGCUGGUGGCAUCGUGGCUGUCCGAUUUACAGCAGACAACCCUGGUUACUGGCUGCUGCAUGAUGAGAGACCAGCAUACUGGGCCCGAGGGUUGGGCGUGAUCCUGCAUGUUGGGGGUCCAGACGAUAUACCUCCAGUGCCAAAAGACUUCCCAACCUGCGGCAGUUGGGUAGGACCUGAGUUUUUCCUCGUUUAGUAGGUUGUUUUAACUAAAUUAAGUAGGUUAUUUAAAAGUUACCAGCCUCGAAUUGUCUUUCUCAAAAGAUAAAAGUUUUUAACUUGUACGGUAAUGUGACUUGUAUUUGAGAGCAAAAAUUUUAUUUUAUUUUUCAAUUUGUCCUUGUUUGUACAUGCACUUUUCACUUUAAAUUGGUAAAAUGUGGUAACAAAUGUACACAACCAAAGUUUUCUAAUUGUGAGGAAGGGAUUGGAAUGAGUUGGGGUCACGUGUAAUUUUGUUAUUAUAGGUAAUGUCGAUAUUUAGUACUUUUUUAAAAUUAAAGUAAAUAAUGUCUUUAUUGAGAAAACAUUAAAAGUUUUAAAAUUAUUGUAAGAUAUAAUUAGAAAAAUAUUGUAGUCACUACACAUUCAAAACCCUUGUCCUUGGUGCAAAGUGAUUAAUCAGCAACAUUGAUAAGCACUGAACAAGUACUAAAAUCUUUUAAGACUGUGUCUUGUUUGCGCUACUAUUUUUAUAUUUCAAAAUUUUAGAGUUUUACUGGAGAACUCUAACUUCUUUAGUUUCUCUGUUCCAAUACACUUAAGAAUGGCCAUUGAAAACUCAUAUCUGUAUGUAUGUGUGUUUAAGAAAAAAAACUUAUGUGUUGUAUUCACUAAAACGUUUGAUUGUUAUAGAAUCUGUCUCUUAAAUUACCAUGUUAAUAAAAAUGGAACAAAUGAAUUUUUGAGGUUAAAGUGAGGUUUAAAUCUGAUGGUAGUGUCUUUAUUGGAGUCUUUACCUCAAGUAAAUUAAGAAAGAAAUUGUUUUUAAAACUUUGAUAGUUUUU